AUAAUUAAUAUCUAUAUGUACUUUAGGGCCUACUUAUUUUUUAACUUGUGUUUUUUUGUGCCGUGUUUUGGGAAAAUGUUUUCUUUGUGUAUUUGAGAUCCAAAUCGCCAAUAGCGGCAGUGCAGAAUCGGCGGUAGAUUACAGUUUCUUACAUAAUUGAUAGCUUUGAAUAUUUACUAUCUUUCUGCCAACCUACAAGAUAAGCUCAGUUAAUGAAAAAAGUCAAGCAAAGAUUGACUUCCUUUUCCGUGACGAGAACAAAUUCGAACGCAAAAUCUAUGAAAUGAAAAAAAUACGAUAAAUGACUUUUUAAUAGUAUUAUAGUUUUAGAGUCAUGAAGCUGGUUGUUGUUUGUUUGGUUUUUGUCUUCGCUUCAAAUGGAAAUUCAUCUAGGCAAGACUGCAACAAGCCUUUGGGUCUUGAAGACGGUACUAUAAAGGAUGAUCAAAUAAUCGCUUCCUCCUCGCACAAUAAUGACUACCAGACGUACGGUGCACAUCAGGCGCGCCUUAACAAGCGCACCUGGCCACAGGGAUACCGAUCGAGCAAAAAUCAAAGAAUUAUGCCGUGGAUUAGAGUGAAUUUCCCUAAAGUGAUGGUUGUUACGAGUAUAGCAACACAAGGUUACGGGGGCUUGGAUGUGGAGGAGUGGGUUGAGACGUAUUUAUUAAUGUAUCUAGAUGGAGACAAAUACAACGAGAUAAAACGAUCGGCUGGACAGUUAUAUUUUACAGGCAACACCGACCGAAAUCGUGUUCGCCUAAACUAUCUACCCAUUCCAGUUAUGACGUCGUCGUUGUUACUGUUUCCAGUGAAACCUCAUAAUAACGCCGCCCUGCGAAUGGAAAUCUAUGGAUGUAGACCGGAUUAUUACUUUGUUGUGUGGCUCAUGGUACCAAAGCUCUUCGAACUCAAGUAUAUCUACCCAGAAUCGUCUGAUUAUAAGUUGCUAAAAGACGAGGUUUUAUUGGAGGUUUUUUCCUACUUUGACACUAAUGAAGUAUCGUUCCUGUCAGCUCGAUUACAACGCUUCAGUCCCAAGCCAAGCGAAAGUAAACUCGCUGGAGAAAAUACACCCUGGAUCGUAGCAGAGAUAGAGAUCUACUGCCUUGAGAGUAAAAAGGAAAUGGUGUACAUGCAAAUCGAAAAGCAUUUGAAAACUUCUAAGCUUUUCCACCCCCUCUUUAUACAAAUUAACUAUCCAGUCAAUACCAAGUGCAAGCCCGCAGCUGUAGACAUAGGGUUCAGCUCUUUUCCAACCGCCACAGCGUUAGUGAGCAAAAAUGUUGUAGAAAUUCCCAUUAAAAUAGACCUCAAGUGCAAAGACACUACUCGAGAUGAUGUUAUUACCGAGUGCAAAGGCACAGGAGUAGACAAGAACACUGGAUGGUUUAAACUGUUUGUUCCAGUUGGUAAACCCAACGACCGAAAACCCACUUUUAAUCCAUUAGCGUUUAUGUUUGAUGUGGAAAAUGCGUAUGCAUACAUAAUGUGCACAGCUACAACCGUAGUAAAUCAGACAUUACUCGGUACAACUUAUGCUGGAGGGUACUAUCAACUGAGGGUUAUUAGACUUUCAGCAGUUAUUACUGGCCCAGAAAAUGUAGUGACAGGCGCCAAGAGUCUUGCGUUUAAUGCGUUAAAAUCAAGGGACUAUAUGGAAAAAUGGAGAAAAGUUGAGGGAAUGACCUUUACAUGGGAGUUAUUGGACAAGACUAUGAAACCCAUCGCAGGUGCUUUUGAGGUGGACGAUAAGAGCGAAGUCUACGCUCAAGUUAAGAACUCAUCUGAAAGACAUUUGUAUGCAAAACUUCUUCUAAAUAAGCUGUAUACCAAUGUGAGCUAUACAAUUCGGCUUACUGCCAAGAAAGGGAAUCGCAGCAGUCACCAGGAAGCAAACUUCACUAUUCUUCCGCUUCCGCGACUAAAAAUCAAAUGCUUGUCGAAUUGUGGUGGGAAGGUGGACUAUAGUAAACCAGUAGAAGUUAUCAUUAUAUGCCACGGUCAAGCUUGUGAGAAGGUUACGAAACACAACAUCACAGCAACCUUUAAUAACGCAACGAUACUACUGAGCUCCGAAAAAGAAAUGAGCCGCCGUGUCACCAUUCCUACCAAGCUAAUCGAAAAUGGGUUAUUGCAGCUGUCAACAAGCGUAAAUGUACAAGGAGGCUUCUCGGCGAAAGCGAGCAGAUCUCUAAGUUUCAGAGAGUGCAAAAUUUGGCCCGCUUUCGGUAAAGUCCUUAUGACAAAUUAUGCAAUUGAAUGCAAAGGCUGGGACUACUGGAGUACAGGACUGCACUUCAAUAUGUACGAGAUAGUCCUGUGGUCUAGAACUGGACAGGAAAUCGUGUUACUGUCCGGACAUUUGCCCACCUUGUACUCUGUGCUACCAGCUGGGGACCCAGAGAAGGAUCAUCGCCUUAAUCUGAUGGUGAGGAUCUCAGAACCCGGACAACGAAUGGAACAGGUCAAGUUAUCUGUACAGGUCGAGCCGAUAAGUCCAUUUCAGGUGGUACAAUUUCUAAAGCAUCACGUGAGUGUCACCGACCAGUGGACACAUAUAGCGAUGGCUGCUCUCUCAGUAUUUGCACCAGACACGCACUCCGAGGAGAAACAAACAGUAAAUGACCUGAUAUUGCACAACCUAGAAAACGUAUCCGUAAAUAAGAAUCUCAACGAAGUAAGGACUGUGUUUUAUAUCGUCGGCCAGUGCAUUGGCAGCAACAUGACUUAUGUGAACAAGAAACGCGCUCUGGCCAUUUAUGAAAGGUCAGUGAAUGCCCCUACAUCACCACACAACAUAUCUUCCUUCGAGUUGUUAUCUAUUAUUGGCUCUAGCGCCGUUCAGGGUCUGGGGGACAUAAUGCAAUCCACGUCAUCACAUCAAACCAACCUUACUAAAGAACAGGAGCGUUUUGUCGUCGACAAGAGUGUCAAUCUGAUCCAACAUUUGUCGAGCAUGAUCUCGCGGUCUACAACCAUUGACAGGGAUAUGACGAUCAAAACGCACAGCUACAUAUCAGUUAAGGUGGCCAAGAGGCGGUCAUCUACAAUCAAUGGAACAACACUUCAAGUGGGAGAAAGCACAAUAAUAAUCCCUAUGCUCCCAAUGUUGGAAGAUAAUGAAACCAUUGUUAUACAGGCAUUUCAGUUCAGUGAAAAUCCUUACACGUGGCAUCCCACCGCAAGCAACAUCAACUCAGCUGUUCUAGACAUCACGAUACUCGUCAUCCCAAAUUCUACGAUACCCGCCCCAAAGAAAUACAAACAAAUAACCGGAUUUGCAGAGCCGAUUGAGUUUUACCUACCAACAAUAUCCGAAUCGCAACCGACAAGCCAAACACAGAGACCGGAUGCUGGAAACGUAUUCUAUGUCAAACCGAGCCGAGAAAACGUGUCAGCAGAAUUCACCUACCACGCGAUUCACGUCAAGUCUGAACAUUUGAGUUAUAGUGUCAAACUAAAGCCGCGAUGGGACGUUCAGCUAGAGGUGUAUGUGCGGUACAAGGAAAAACCUACUCUAGCGAACUAUAGCUACAUGACAAAGCUGCCCAAUUUUAGCUCGUGUCGGAAUAGUUUUAUAAACUGUAAAGCGGACCCCUAUCUUAUUAUUAUUUCAAAAAAUACCACAGGCCACGUUGGUAUCCACUAUCUGGGAGUACGUUUUGUCGAACAGGUUCAAACGGACCGUGUUAGGCGUUCAUCUGAUGAAAUGUAUAAGCGAGACAAACAAGUGAGAGGCGGCAAUCGAGAUAGCAUUACGGACGGCAGGGAUUGGCAAAGAAGUGGCAUAGGUGCACCGAAAGGUGUCGUGACGCGUGACAUAGGUCCCCAAGAUGAUGCGAUGCUUGCAAGGGAUUUACAAGUAAUCAAGCUUGUUCCAAGUCGUCAAAGGCGUGGAUGUGCUGAGUACAAAGACCCUCCUUCGUUAGUUAACAGCAAGGUCAUGCCAAUGUAUGACGCAAAUACGGACGUCAAUUACACGUUUGAUGUGACGUCAGGGACAUGUAUGUACUGGGAUGUACUCUUGCAGAGGUGGUCAUCACGUGGAUGUUGGCUUGGUUCAAACUCCUCUCUGACGCACAUCCAUUGCUUCUGUAACCAUUUGACGUCCUUUGGAGGAGACUUCUUUGUGCCACCGAACCCUAUUGACUUCAACAAAGUUUGGAGCGCGUUUACCUCUCUGGACCAGUCUAAUAACGUGGUCGUGCUGGCAACAGUGUGCUUGAUGUUUGCCUUGUACGCAUUGGGACUGGUAUUCGCCAGGAGAGCAGACCAGCGUGACAAGCAAAAGGUUGUCAACACCACCAUACGCCUCAACGAAUCCAAUCAGGACUCAAGCGAAAAGCGCUACAAAAUAUUCAUACAGACAGGGGCAUGGCGAGCUAGUGGAACCACAGCCAGUGUUGGUCUGAUUCUCUACGGAGAGAAUGGUGCAUCGCAACCGAUCUUCCUCUCCAAGCCAGAACAUGCAAAUGAGAUCUUCUUUGCCAGAGGUAGCAUCAACAUCUUUAACAUACUUCUGGGACAGGAUUUGGGGUCUUUAAUCAAGAUCAGAGUAUGGCACGACAAUUCAGGAGGAAGUCCAGACUGGUUCCUUACGCAAGUGAUUGCCGAAGACACCACAACUAAAAAGAAAAAGCAUUUCUUGUUCAACAGAUGGCUGUCAGUGGCUAAAGGAGAUUGUAAGAUUGCGGCGGAAGUGCGUGCUUAUAGCCAAGACGACAAAGAUAGAUUCAGGCAUUUGUUUUACUUGAGAACAGAUAAGGGCUUCGGAGAGGGGCACCUCUGGUUAUCUGUCCUCACCCGACCGCCUCAAAAUCACUUCACGCGCUGCCAGCGCUUAUCUUGCUGCAUGUCUAUCCUCUUCGCUGCAAUGAUUACAAGCGCGAUGUUUUAUAACUUCGGAGCCAAGCCAAACGAUGACUUCAACAUCGGUCCUCUUAAGAUGAGCUGGACUCAGAUCAAGAUUGGGAUACAAAGCGCUAUCAUUGCUACACCAAUUAAUGCAGUAAUAGUUUUGUUAUUCAGCAAAUUCCACCCUACAGAUGAAGAGAAUAACAAGCGAGGACCUCGAGGUUCAUGUCUGACUGCUAUUAAUAUUCUAGCCUGGUUCCUGUGUGCAUCUGUUAUACUCCUGUCGGCGGUGUUUGUGGUUUUUUACAGCAUGCAGUGGGGGAAGGAAAAAUCUAAUGACUGGCUUAUCUCCGUGCUUGUGUUUGUUACACAAGAUAUCUUUAUAAAAGAUCCCAUCAAAGUUGUUGUUCUUGCCUGUUUACUUGCAGCAAUAUUUAAAAAGCUCCCCGAAGAACAAGAUGCUAAUCGGAAAUUGAGCAAUACAGAGAUAGAGAUAAAAACCGAUGUCGGGGAGCCACCAGAUGAGCUGCUUCUCAACGAGAAAGAGUUUAAUUUGAAAAAGCAAGAACUCUUUCGCGUGACAAGGGAGAUUCUUCGACUUAUCGUAAUGAUUGUUUUAUUCAUGUUGGUAUGUUAUAGCAACAGGGGACGCACCAGAUACAUGCUGACGAAGUCGAUGGAGGACUUGUUUCAAGGCUUCAACGAGGUUUCAAACGAGGUGGAGUUUUGGACGUGGUCCAGAGAGAUCCUUGUUCCGGGAUUGUUUAAUGCCACGUGGUAUAACGGGGCUUCAUUCGCAUACAAAGAGAGCUUCCUGGGUAACAGAGAAGUAAUUGUUCUCGGGAUGCCGCGAUUGCGGCAGCUGAGAAUAAAACCCGAGCAAAGAUGUGAUUACGCGGAAAAGAUUACUGAGCUUUCUCGGCAUUUUACAAGGUGUAUAAAAACAUUCGCGAAAGUCAACGAGGAAAGAGGACCCUAUCUUCCUUCGUGGGUUCCAAUGCCAAAUAGGGCGAAAAAUAUAUCUGAAGAAAUAGAGAAAACAUUCUGUUCAAAAUAUUGGCGAUAUCAAAGUUCUGACGCAGGCUCUGUGCUCGGGGCGUUCUCCAAGGCUUAUCCAAAUGGGGGAUACAUGGCUGAACUUGGCUACAAUACCGAAACUGCUUUAGAUAUUAUCAAUGAACUGGAAGUUGAUAAUUGGGUGGAUGACUUAACAGCUGUGAUAUUCAUAGAGUUUGCUGUUUUUGAGCCCACAAGCUCUCUCUUCAGUUUUGUGAAAUACGCUUAUGAGUUUGAGCCAACAGGGUACAGAAACCCAGAAACAAGGAUUCGAACAAUAUCAGUGUACUCCCCAACCGAUCCGCGCUCUAGAGUAUUUCAUAAUGUAUGCAAAGUUAUCUUUAUGCUGUUUGUGAUAAUUUGCCUAGUGUUGGAGAUCAAAAAAGCUGUCGGAACUCGGUGUACAUACUUUAGAAAGUUUGGCAAUUGGCUGGAGAUAAUUCUUCUCUCGUUGUGUGUCGCAGCAAUAGUCAUGAACUCCUACGUCGAAUAUUUCGCUGGAAAGUACGUUAAAGACAUCCAGGCAAACCCCUAUAAAACAUGGAACACUGAUGAACUAGUCUUCUGGUCUGACCUGGAAAUUUAUAUUCUCGGUUUCAUCACAUUUAUUCUGACGGUUUAUUUGAUUAAGCUGAUUCGGUUCAAUCGCCAUGUCGCAUUGAUGCUCCGAUCUAUGGGAAGUGCUUCAGGCCUUCUUAUCUCAUUCAGUGUGGUGUACAUCGUUGCGAUCUUGGCAUUUUCUAUGCUGAGCUGCUUAGCUUUUGGCUCGUCAGUCCAAGCUUACUCCAAUCUGCUCAGAUCGACAAGAAAUAUUAUGAACAACGGCGCCUUCGGGGGCGAUAUCAAGUUUGAGGAUAUUAAACACUCCAGCCCGUUUAUCGGACCACUAUACAUGUUCACACUCCAAGUGGUCAUUCUGUGCGUCUUGACUAACAUGUUUAUUGCAAUACUGAACUUCUCCUACUCAAUCGUGAGCAGUGAGGAGGAUGUGAUGAUGUUUAAAGACGUCCAAACAGCAGCCUUUGCGAUUGAGUAUUUCUUCAAGUUUUUACCAAAUAAAGCGGGGAUCUCAUUCAAAGACUGGAGAUGGCAUUUCAGAGUAAAGCUGCCAAACUAUAAGGGUAAAUACAGUAUCACCACCAGGCUGAUUAAAAAGAGAAAGGCAAGUGAUAAGUUUAUGUGGAGGACUUCUCUGAAUUCCGGGAUAAUGGAACACGAGCCAUUUUGUGAAGACGCAGUAAGUGAGCCUGAUCAGCCUUGUUGUAAGGUCUUCGAGCAUCUGGAUUGCACUUGUUAUAAAAACCAUGCAAGUCAUUCUACCAUCGAAUACGAAAGGCCAUGCAAUAGUAUCUCUAAAGACGAAAAAUCGACUUUAUCGGCGUCUAAUGUAACGGUGUGCGCGAGCCAUGUAUUUCCAACGAAAAGCUUCUUGGAGAGUGCGCCUGCUGAGGAGGGUAUACUAGAACCGAAAGGCAAUGAUGCAAUAGACACCUUAAAAAGUGUCGAGAGCGUGGAUGAUAUCAUGUACCUUGACGACGACUUUACGAUGGUGAAGAUUAAACGUGAGUUAUGCGAUAUUGGUAUUAGCCUUAAAAAAUCAAUAAACAGUUUGUAUGACCAUGUGGAUUUGAAUCUCGACGAGAAGACUCCUACUUCACCGAGGUCAUACUUCAGGAAACGAGACUCGUUUAGCACCGUCUCGCUAACCACGUAUAAUGAGAGCUCCCGCGGUUCUAACCAAAGUUUUAUUGACAGACGCUCUAUUUUUAGUAGAGAAUCAUACAAUAAGUCGGAGGAGUCCUUGAAUUCUACCAUUGAAAACAACAUUGACACUGGUAACCAGCGACGUCUUAGCAACCAGAGCGCACUUUCUCUUAAUGUGUACGGUGUAGAAAACUACAGGUACUGAAUAUCUAUUAUUUUGAAAUAGGAGUAGCUUCUAGAAUAGAAGAUGGGUAGAAGUACUAAUGUCUUAUAUAGCAAAGAGAUAUUGAAUAGAUGAUAAAGAGAACAAAAAGAGAAGAGAAGCCGAUGUCUAUUCUAGCUAUUUGAUUGCAUUUACGAUAUGACAAAUAUACAGAUCAAGUCAAACCAGGAACGAAUAUGUAAUACGUUUCUAAACAGACUUGAAAUGAAAUGCCAUGUAAAGGUCGAAAUUGUGUGGGGCUUAUAGUCGCGAAAUAGUUAUAGGUCUUCAAAAGUGGAGCCGGAACUAUUUUGAACGAUGAUUUUUUUUAUGCCUAUCUCUUUAUUUAAACUUUAAGCAAAAUCCGAAAAGAGGGGAAUGUAGCUUCAUUUAAACUUCUAAAUCAAAAUCUGCUUUAACCGAUAAAAGUUGUUGAAAGCCGUUAAAUUCUUCACUACCCAUACAAACAGGAGGAACAUAACACUAAAAAUGUUUGUGGGGAAAGAAAGAAUAACAUUUGAAAGAGCUUAAAGAAAUCAGUACAAUCACCUACUACAAACUUUACCAGGAUAUAAAAUAUGAAAGAAACAAAAAAGUUGUACAUGCUGUUUGGAGAUAAUAUUAUACAAUAAAUAUCCUUAUCAAGAAAAACA